ACAGCUCGUCGACCAAUCUUAAGUUUGCGGCGAAGAACGCGACCGUAUGUUGAUGUUACCUGUGCUACUUAUGUAACCUUUGGAUCACAAAAAAAACUGCGUUUAGUUAGCUGUGGAAAGGUUUUCAAACUAAAGUUGUGGACUGACUCUCCCGCGGCUGCAACUUCAGGACCACCGGCUGUCCAGUGUUUGUGUGGAGAUGAAUCCACCUCCAGUCUUUGGACAAGAUGUCUGAGCGAUAAAUGACGGAUUUAAGGAGGCUGGAGGGGAAUGCACUCGACCAUGGCCUGGCGAGUGUGGUCCAAACUCUCCUGUCGUCAAAAAUGGCUGCUCCUCCUUUACCCCCUCUUCCUCCUCCUCCUCACAAUCUCAGUGAUGACUAUCACUCUACCCCUCCCUUUGGCACCCACUGACGUUGACCGGCGGUCGUCCCGUGUCCUAAGCUCCACUGGGGAAUUCAGAUCCAGGCCUAGAGUCAUGGAGCCCCCUCUAGCCUCUGCCUUUCAGCAGCCACUCACACAGAUCCACAAAGGGGCCUUGAAAACCAGCACUGGAACAGAGACAUCUAAACAGUUAAUGCCACCUAUACCUUUUGGGGACACAGCUGGCAAUGAAAGGAAUAGCAUCAAGAGACAGCAAGUGAAAAGUCAUGCAGAUUUACGCAGAAAUAAACCCAAAAGCAAAGGCAUUGCUUCCAAAAGAAAAGAGAUGCCAGGCACCAUCCAGGACCCAACCAGUCAUCACCAUCCCCUUCUCCCACAAUUUAUAGUCGACAACCCAGGGCCAGAGCAUAGAAUUAAGCCAAGCAACCACAGUGCUGUGGUAAAUCACGCUGCACAGACAUACAUUCAUCUUGAAAGGAGCAAAUCCACCGCAGCACAUAUCACUGCUCCAGCAGAUACCCUAAUAAGUGACAGACGAGCUGCAGACAGACAGCCAGGCAGAUGGGAGGAUAGACACACAAACAGGAAUGCAGACACGCAAAUACAUGGCAGCCAUACAAGUUUAAAGCUAGCUGAAUAUCACCAGGCUUUGGGUAAACACAGACAAGCAACAAAGCACUCUGGGAAAUCUGAUAAAGUCAGUAAGGAGCAGCAGCCUGUGAAAAAGCCCUCCAGCGAUCUCAAAAGACACCAUAAUCUCUCAGAGGAUCCCUCUGAAGCAAAGACGAAUCCUGGGUCGUUGGACCAUAGAAGGGCUUUGUCCAAACCAAAAGCAGCCAUAAAGAAAGAUGACAGCAGCUGGUGUCAGAGAUUUACAGAGCAGGACUUCCCAGACAGUGACCACAGGCGGGUCAGGAUUAGUCCAGAUCACCAGCCUCUUCCCUGGCUCAGCGAGGAUGACAUUCAGAAGAUGGAGUUCCUCGCCAGGGGUGAGGUGGUCAGCAAGGCCAGGGUGCCUGCACAUGGACAGGUGCUCCAAGUUGCACUGGAGCCUCUUACACACGGGCAGCAGCCAUCACCAAUGAGGGAUUCACCUCAGCAUAGACGUGGGCAAAGACAUCAAAAAACCCAUAAUGAACGCUGCCAGCAGGGGCGCUGCUCCCUGAUCAAACGCACUAAUGACUGGUUUGAGGUUUUUGCCUUCCACCUGGACAGAGUGCUGGGACUCAACAGAAGUCUCCCUGCAGUGCUGAGGACUUUCCACAGUGACAUUCUACCAUAUCGGUACAUCAGCAGCAACCCCAGACCUGUACUGUGGUGGGACCCAGAUAUUCAGCACCUCAUUGAUAGAGACAAUGACCAGAACUCAGUACCGCUCAGCUGGGUUCAGUACCAGAAGCUGCUGCAAGUGCAUUGUGGGACUGAAGCAGACCUGAGGUCAGCGCCCUGUGUGGGAGUCCACCACUCAGAGUGGGGGAGACUGGCUCUUUUUGACUUCUUAUUACAGGUAAACGACCGUCUGGACAGGUAUUGCUGUGGUUUCACACCAGAUCCAACAGAAAUCUGUGUGGAGAACCUGCUGCAUGCCAAGUGUGACAACGCCAAGGACCUGCUGCUAGUUCACAUCCUGGUGAGGAAGGCAGAUCCCUCCAGACUGGUGUUCAUAGACAACGCCGGCAAACCACAGCAGUCCACCGACAACCUCAACUUCAGGCUGGUUGAGGGCAUUGAUGAGUUUCCAGAGAAAGCAGUGUCAGUGCUCAAGUCUGGCUGUCUAGAGAGUCUUCUUCUACGCUCCCUUUACACAGACAGGGAAUUCUGGGACAGCCAAGGCGGGGUCAGCGGUCUCAGGCCUCUCAUCCACAUGGUGGAGCAGAGAGGCAAGAUUCUCCUCCAGCACAUCAGGGACAGAAAGCUCCAGCUCAAGAGGGACCUGUGAUUGAGCUGACCCGACCAAGCUGGAGUAGAAAUUAAAUACAGCCUUCAGGAUGAUAAACCCGGUUUAACAAAAAUACAGUCUUAACCAUUUCAGAAUUAGAGCCAUUGUUCUGUACAAUCCCUUAUUUUCAGAGGCUCAAAAAUAAUUGGACAAACUAACAUAAUUAAAAUUUUUUUAUUAUUUUUA